AUUUCACAAUGUAUCGAAACUUUUAUUGAACACCUCUCUUACAUACGUAACAAUUCAAAAGAGAUCUCCGAAGCAUCGUUCGAAAUUGCCGCCAAGAUAUGUCUCGAUAGUUCUCGCUCGAAACGACAGAGGCGCUGCUAGAGCGAUGCCGAAAUCAGUAACAUGGCGACUGUCUACGAGCCAUGUCGUGUCGAUGGCAGGGGCCGUUGUACGAAACAUGGCGUCCGUUAGGUUAUUGCUAUGAGUGCUGCUCCGUUUUCCAUCGUUAAAUGUGGCAUCGGACAUAUGCGAGCUGUGGGCUGACGCAGUGCGUUGCGUCCACGGGGCCUCGGAGCGUGUCUGCUUGAAUCCCACUCGAGUCAGCUGCUCGCUCGACAGGAGCGACGAACCUGGGCGACGAAGGAAUACGACAGCCCCAUCAACACAGAGUGGACUUGUGGGUAUACACACCCUGACGCGAAAUCUGUCCGCGAGUGUAAUUUCGUCGAGAGCGCGCCGCGGCCUCCGGAAUCUCCGCGUCUCGGCGCCGAGUUGACCCGAGCGAGGAGCGUACCCUGUUAUAAGGACGUACGGGGACCCCCCGCGCCGCCCCCUCGUGUGCCGCUGUUCGUGGACACGCGUCUCAGAAUGCCGGUCCCGACGACUUCCUCGGUAAUGAUUUUGUUUUUGUGCGCGGGAUGCUUUUAAGCGGCGAAUGAGAUCGUUUUUUCUAGUAUAAAUAUCGUCGUCUUUUUCCGAUGGAAAGCGACGCGGUGGUGACGAUAACGAUUCGAUUUCGUGCUCGCCGUUUUAUUACCCUCGGUCGACGAGAGGAUCCGGGGUGUUGUGAACUCGAUGUAAACGCGAGCAACGUGUGUUCCGCAGCAUCCGGGACCGCGCGUUGUUGCCGAAGAUGCGUCUCGCGACAGAACCAUAAUAUUUUGCAGUUGUUUUAAAUCGUAUUCUUGCUUACCUAAUUGCGAUAAGGCAAGUAUAAAAUACACGGGAAAUAAUAAAAGAAACAUAAACACGGUAUCUUGUUAUCCUAAACGAGGAUAAUACGGGUAACCUCACGUGCGGUUAGAGAGAGGGAAAGAGUGUGUGAUUUACGCUACAGAAGAGAGGAGCGAGGAAAGUGUCGAGCCAUAUGCCGCCAGCCGGGCUAUCGGCAAGAGGCUUGUCUACCUUGAUGGACCACGGACAACCGGACGCUCGUCAUCGGAGCGAGCGUUUCCUACUAUAUCCAGAGAAUGGCUCCUCACAUCCUCAUAGUCCGAAUACGGCCAAUUCAUCGCCGCGAUAUCAGCACAAUAGCAGAACUAAUAGUCAUAUCACUAGUUACGGAUACAUAUAUGGACGUACAGCCAACAACAAUAUGUCGGAUAGCAGUGUUUCUGAUACACAUAGUGGUGGAACUGCAAGAACUGUCUCUCAACAGACUAGCCCCUCUCACGGCACACAUUCCUCUUCUCAGUCACGACAGGACAAUAGUACCAUUAUCUACACAGCCCUUUUUGAUUAUGUUGCUCAGGGUGAAGACGAGUUAUCUCUGCAGAGGGGAGAAACUGUUGAGGUUUUAUCUAAGGAUGCAAAAAUCUCAGGUGAUGAAGGAUGGUGGACUGGAAAAAUUCGUGGAAAAGUUGGAAUUUUUCCAGCCAAUUUCGUCGCAGAGUCAGAAAGUAUCGAUCGAGUGUCGACGGUGAUCGAUAAAGUCCAACCUAUUGAGAUCGAUUUUGAGGAGUUGCAACUGGAAGAAGUUAUAGGAGUCGGAGGAUUUGGAAAAGUAUACAGGGGUUUCUGGAAUAAACGCGAGGUAGCCGUGAAAGCGGCGCGCCAAGAUGCAGGCGAGGAACCUAGUGUAACAUUAGAAAAUGUACGACAGGAAGCAAAAUUAUUUUGGUUGUUAAAACAUGAAAAUAUUGUGCAAUUGGAAGGAGUAUGCUUAAAGAUGCCUAAUAUGUGUCUUGUGAUGGAGUAUGCUCGUGGUGGCAGUCUUAAUAGAGUCCUUAGUGGCAGGAAAAUAAGACCCAGUGUGUUAGUCGAUUGGGCGAUACAAAUUGCUAGGGGCAUGGAUUAUCUUCACAAUAAGGCCCCUAUAAGUCUUAUUCACAGAGAUCUAAAAAGUUCCAAUGUAUUACUGAGUGAGCCAAUUGAAAAUGAUGACUUCCAACACAAAACUCUGAAAAUCACAGACUUUGGAUUGGCGAGGGAAGUUUAUAAAACAACUCGUAUGUCAGCGGCUGGCACAUACGCUUGGAUGGCUCCAGAAGUUAUUAAAAAAAGUAUCUUUAGUAAAGCCAGUGAUGUAUGGAGUUAUGGUGUGCUGUUAUGGGAACUUUUGACGGGGGAAACACCAUACAAGGGUAUUGAUGCUCUAGCUGUAGCAUAUGGUGUCGCUGUCAAUAAGUUGACUUUACCUAUACCAUCUACUUGCCCUCAACCCUGGAGGGUCCUCAUGGAAGCAUGUUGGGCAUCGGAUAGUCAUGCUCGUCCUGGAUUCACGGAUAUUUUAACAGCUUUGGAUGAAGUGUGCAAUGCAUUUGCGGCAACACCACACGAAUCUUUUCACACGAUGCAGGAAGAUUGGAGACUGGAAAUCGAAGAAGUUCUGCACGGAUUGCGCAUGAAGGAAAAGGAGCUGCGCUGUAGAGAAGAAGAACUCACGAAAGCACAAGUGCAACAGAGACAGCAUGAGGAAAACUUGAGGAUGCGAGAACAAGAAUUGGCUGCGCGCGAGAUAGAUCUUUUGGAGCGAGAACUUACUGUAAUGAUCAUACAACAGCAAAACACGCCUACACCGAACAAGAGACGCGGCAAAUUUAAAAAGUCGCGAUUAAGAUUAAAUAAAAAAGAACCUGGGAGCAACAUUAGUGCACCAUCAGAUUUUCGUCACACGAUCACCGUUCAGCACACUGCCUUAGAUCGAGGCAAGGCGAGGAAUCCGUCGAGACCUAACAGUCCACCAGGCUCGCCCAGCAUUCCGAGACUUAGAGCAAUCGCAUUACCGGCGGAUGGAGUUAAGGGUAAGACUUGGGGACCGUCGACGCUGCAUCAACGUGAACGCGGGGCUAUUAUCACUCAGCCGCCGAAUCCCGCCUCCCCUGGCGGCAAACGCUGGUCCCGUUCCGCGCCAGAUCUUGAAAAGACACCGCUGCGUACAGCCCUGUUGGCGAACGCGCAUCGCUCCCCGCUUCUACAGGAAAUAGGCCUCUCUGAGGAAAGCAUCUACCAUACCCAUUAUACAGUGCCACCUGAUCUGUCAACGGACUGGAUAACGUCAGAUCAUCCUCUGAAGCCUGGACUGACAGGACCGUACAUCAUGCCGAUGCCAGUACCGAUGCCGACUCUUUACAAUGGGGAGACGAAGAAAUCGAGACCAAGUAUAAUCGAGCUGGUCCUGUACGACAUCGCAGCGAUGCUGGCCGGCGUGGCCGCCGGCUACGACGUGAGAGUGUCGAACGUAUCCCCGAUUCAUCCGCGACUAUAUCCCAGAUUGGGCGGCGAGUGCGACGGCGAGGAUCAAUCCAAAUGGUGGUUUUUAGCUGACAGCGGAUCAAAUCGAAACUCUUACCUCGGCGCCGAUUACGAGUUCAGUUCGAAUAGCGGCUAUCUGCAUAAUACUUAUCACGGACGGGCACACCAUUACAGGCCGUUCCUAAGCAACAUGGGUGGCAUAGCGCCUGGUCUUCCAUCCUCAGCGAUGCCAGCGGAUAAACCGCUACGCUUCACGGACUCGCCACAACAUUACACGAGCAGUAUAUCGGGCUCCAAUGCUCCAACGCCAAGCCCAAGAAGAAAGAGCAGCAGCAGUACCAGUAACGAGGACACCUAUUCACACGACACAGCCCGUGUCGAUCCUCGGAUGGAGAGGGUGCCGACGAUAUACAUGGGCAACGUCGCCUCGUUCCCGGAUUACGGACCAUCAGUUUACUCCGUCGUUCCGUCGGAUUAUUAUCGGCCCCCUGAACCGUAUUUCGUACCUACGGAGUAUCACGAUCGGAUGCUUGAGUGCCCCGAAUUUCCGCACGCAUACGACAAUCCGAGUAGCAUAAAUAAUUCGGCAAGACCAGUCUCCUCCAGACUUUUGCCUUACACGCAUCAUCGCACCUCGUCAAACGUCUCCAACGCGAGCACGUCAAGCCAGAGCAACGUCAAUCCGACGUUCCGACUGGAAGACGAAGAUGAUUAUGGCAUGUAUUCACCCGUACCGUAUUACCAGCGACCAUCAAACGUUAUUUCUAGCUUGGUGUCGACAUAUGGCACGAAUAUACUCAAUCACGAGUACGGUUCGCCUUUGCUAACUCGUCAGAAUUCGCACUCUGAUUCCAACUCGAACUCAGGCGAGCGACCGAGCAACCUGGAAGUGGUCACGCGGCUACGUUCGAGUCUGAAGCGAUCCAGUUACAGCAGCAAUCCAUACGGUUCGCCAAGCAAGAGUGUGAGCAAGAACAAUUCUGGCUCGGGGACACCGACGAAUCCGACGCCGCCGGACUCGCUCACGUCCGAGGACUCGAGCUAUGUCUCCGCCAAGGAUAGCCAGAUCUCCAUUAGUCGCGUACGUUUUUCACCAGUGACAUUCGAUCGCGACGUCGCAUCGGCACGCGACAUUCAUGUAAGGGACAUGCUGCUGGACAUUCCAGUGCAUGGUCAAAGCCAGGAUGUCACAGUGCCGUUACAGGCCAAUCGACGUUUGAAUCGAAGCAGGAAGCCGAGCAUCUCGGAGCUCGAAGGGCAGUUCUUGUCAUAGCACUGGCUUAUUUAAGAUCGGCUCUCACUUAUCUAGGUAGAAUCUGGAGCGUCGGAUUCGUCGAUGCUUCAUCUAUUUAUCGAGAUCUCUAGCGAAUCGAUCUCUUUAUACAAUCGUCGAUUAUACGAUCGCGAUUAAGAUGGCAAAAUCCGAUCUUAUAAUCCGCGAUCCGAUUGAUAGCAAAAAUUUGCAAAACGAUUUGCACGUUGUUGAAGCACUGCCUUCCGCGGACGAUUUUCAUCAGUACAUUAAUAAAUUCGAAAAUUAACAUUCCAUAUAACACACGUACAAUCUAAUGAAAUUCGUAAUGUAAUAGACGAUUAGAUAAUUUUUAAUUUGAUAACGUAAUGAUGUUUAAUAUACAUGUCGCGUGUAAAGAAAUAUACACACCACGAGUGAAGAUUGCAUACAUUUAAAUUGCAUAUUCUAUAUUCCGAGAGUGAAUAUUUUUCUGCAAAAUGCUGCAGGAAUAUAUCAUUAUCGAUUCCAAUUAUUAAUUCCUUAUUUGGAAUUGACUGGCUCUCGGAUGACUGACUUGCAAAAAAUUUUGCGAUUAAUAAUUUAUGUGGCUAAUACAAUAGCGGAACACUAUGUGUACCAAUAUUAUUUAUCGAUAUGAUAAUUAAUAUAUAAUAAAAUAUAUUGUUAAAUAAUAAUUAUUAUCAUUCACUAACUCUCUGUGCUUUUAUGCAUUUGAUAUUUUUCGUGGUUUAUCGAGACAUUCCGACAAACGUUAUCACGUUUACGUAAUAAUCAAUGUUUUAACGAUAUGCUAUAUGUAUGUUUGAAAAUGCAAAGAGGAAAAAGGAUAUGACUGCGGAAAAGAAGAAUUAUCGAUGUAUAAACGUGUGUAUAAUAUGCAAUUCCAUUACGCUAGUAAGAUUAAAGAGAAGACAUUUCUUCUCUUCGAUAACUAUUCACAUCUUGAUCCGAAACGAAACUUAUGUUUUCAUGUUUGUAGCGAGAAGUUUUACGUUCGUAUGUUCUUCGUAAUGAAACUUUUAGUGAUAUUCGGCUCAGCGCGAAUACAUUCCAGAGAGACUUGUCGGAACAGGUAGAACUGUUCUACGCAAUGUGGAAUUAACAUUUUGUAAGAUUUCGAAUCGGAUUUAAAUAUCAUAAAGUUACUUUUCUCCUAGUUUGUGAUAAAUGCCAAUAGAGUGAAUGUUAAUUUCACAUUGCUCAUACCGAUUAGAGUGAGAUCAGUAUUUCUUUGCGUACUUAGAUCAGACAAUAUAUAAUUGCGUGUAUCUUUAUUGCUUUCAUCAGAAUUUGUUUAUUAUAGUAUUGUCGACAAAGAAUCUCAUGAAAAAUUGCAUAAAUUUUUGUGCAACUUGAACGAGCAAUUCAUGUUAAAUUAUACACGCAAUGGCAGCUCGAUUAUUGUACAGUAAUAAAAAUGUGUAAGAUUGUUAGAUGGAUAAUCGAUAGUUGCCGAAUUAAAGAACAAUCACUAUUUAUAUAAUUAUCUAAUUUUAUGUACUUUACAAGAGAUACGGACAGCUACAAAGUAUUAGUUUGUAGUAUUAUGUACUUAGUUGACUUUUUCCCGCGAUAUUAUAUGUAUUAAUCUACAGUAUUUUCAACAUCUCUCCUUUUUAUCGCAAUCAGUGUAACUAGUCAUUUAUAAUUGUAUUUAAAGUUGUACCAUUGUUUUUUUAUAGCGAUACAGUUCCGUUUUUUUUUCAAUUUCAGAAAACGAGAGAUAAUUCAAUUAGAUAAAAUUCAAGAAUUCUAAAAAUCAUUAAAUUAAAAAAAUUCUCACUUUUUAAUUAUUUUUAAAAAAUAAAUUUGUAUUUAUUAUAUAUAGCUUUAAAGAUUUAUAUAUGUCGAAAGGAGCAAAACGAUGCUGUAUCACUAUUAAAAUAGCGUUUCUGCUCAAUGAUACGUUUUGUUGCAAUGCACAAUUGGAGAUGUACAUAAUUAUACAUCAAUCCACGGGAACUUCCAUCUCUUACUUAGGACGAUCGACAAAACAUAUAAUCGAUAAGUAAACCUUACGAAAGACAUGUAUAGUAUAGCAGUUUUCACACAAUAUUAACGUGGAUUAUCGUCGAACGUAAUUCAGUAGUGAUGCGUUCUGUGCAGCUGUUACGCUCCUUUUGUACCUUACGAAACAGUACGCCUCUUUAUAAACAAUUUGCGUGUCUGUAGAAAGUAUCCAAAGCGUGUAGUAGGAAAAUACAAUAAUGCAGCUGCGCAAAACGCGAGAUGUAUAUUCGUAGAGAUCGUUUUAGAAUAAAGAUCUCUCUUUUUCUUUCUCUCUCUCUUUUUCGCGCACGAUGAUGUACAUAUAAAUAGAAGUAAGGAUCAUAUUAAUACUCUUUAAUGACUCUUAGCGAUUUUAUUCGUACAUUCCUUAUACAGUUUACGCAUCUUUCACGAUACUCACGAUCUUUCUUAGAAAGAUAUAAGUCGGAUUUGUAUUUUUCGUAGAUAUUCUUGCGUCGCACCAAUAAUGAAUAUAAGCAUUUCUAUUUAACGUACUGAUUCAAGCGUGAUAUUGGUCUCUCUGCUACCUUCUUUUAAUUGAAAUUAUUCAGGGAGAUAUUGAGGAACGCUCAUGUAUCUUACGUAAGGAUACUCUAUGUGCUUCGAAUAUACAUAUAUGAUCGCUGAGUAACGAAUUAAAAUAUGCAAUGCACGUAAUAUAAUUUUAAUUUAUCGAAUACACAUUACGAUAAAAUAGGGAAUGCUCGAAUUCUUUUUAAACUUGUGAAAUCAAAAUUGCAUUGUCUCUAUUAUCGUUGUGUUUGAGGAAAUCAAAACAUCCUAUUUGUAUCACGUCAAUCUCAUGUAGCGUAUUAUGCACGAAAAAUCACGAAUUAAUAUUUUCUCUUAUCGUCGUGAAAGAGCCACUCUUUAUUUACAUUGCUUUUUCGAAUUAUGAUCAUCAGUACUGUAAAUGUGAUUCAAAAGACAGAGAUUUGUAUUCAUGUUUCUUUUUAACGUGAAUCCAAUAUAGAAUUUGGCAAUAUUAUGCAAUAACGAAACUUAUGCAAAUUUUUGUCUCAUGUUUGCUCUUUACGAGAAAUGUCAAAAA